AUGCCAGCCGUCUUCCACAGCGUCUGCAACGUGAUUCAACGCCAUUACACGGUGCACCCGACGACCAAGUCGGCCGCCGAAACGAGCGCUGAGCGCUACCUCGUUUGCCUCCCGGCGCUGCGAACGCCCGAUACCUACUACGUCUCGCACUGCGUGGCCUUUAGCCGCUGGCACAUCUUCCUGGCGGCCUUUGUCUCGCAGUUUUGUCUCGGCUCGCUCUACGCUUGGUCGGUUUACAACACGUACAUUGACGAAUACAUUACGGGCGACGCCAACGCCGGCCGCGCCGUUCUCGCCUUCUACACGGCGAGCGGCUGCUUUGGCGUCUCAGCCGCGAUCCUCGGGCCGUGGCUUGAGCGCGUUGGGCCGCGCUACGCGAUCACGGUCGCCACGACGCUCUUCCUCUUGGGCCAUCUCGGGACGGGCCUGGCGAUCGCGAUGAAAAGCAUGGUCGGCGUCUAUCUCUCGUACGGUGUUGUCGCUGGUACGGGUAUGGGUCUCUGCUACAGCUCCCCGAUUGCCACGCUCCAAAAAUGGUUUCCCGACUUGCGCGGUACGGCGUCCGGGUUUGCGGUCUGCGGCUUUGGCGCCGGACCUGUUUUAUGGGCUGUGGCGUUUCCGUACCCCGUGCAAACUCUCCAGGUUCCGCUGUACCUCUCGUUUCCGGCGUUUGGGCUCCUCAUGAGUCUCGUCUUGUACUUUUGCGCAAUGGUCAUGCGCAACCCACCGUCGGGCUUCAUUGCCCACGGCAAGGACAUGCACGGCAUCAACCACGAACGCGUCAACCUGCUCGCCCACGGCCCCACGAUGGGGAGCGCCGACGACGACCGUGAGAACUCGCUCAAGAGCCGGCGGCCGCGCCAGAACGAGUCUGGGCACGUGAUUCUGUUUGUGCCUGAGGACCUUGCAAGCAUCCCGGUCGCCGAAGACGAUAUCAACCGGACGCCGAUCGUCGAGGGCGAGCCGCACCCGCACGAGUAUUACCGCGAGUGCGACCUGGACGACGCCGAGCUGUUUUACUUUCAGCGCGUCAAGCAGCUCUCGCUCGUGCAGUGUCUCUUCUCGCCCGACUUUGUGUUUCUCUGGUGCAUGUUCCUCUUUGCCUCUACACGGACUUGCGCGUCUUCAGCGCCAACACCACUGCGCCGACGACCGCCGACGUCAACCGCGCCGAGCUCAUGGUGA